AUGGGGAUGAAAGUGAUCAUCAUCUUACUGCAGCUGUUGUUUCUGCUUUAUAAUGUUCCGGGUUACAGCAGCACUGAUAGUACUACUAGUUCAGGUGAUCUCAACAAAUUUCCAUCUAGCAAAGUUGUAAGGAUCAGACUGAAGAAGCGGCCAUUGGACCUUCACACCUUGGAUUCAGCCAGGAUCUAUGCGAGACACGCCGCUACUAAUGUCAGCAGUACAAAUAACAUUAUUGCUGGAGCACAAGAUGAACGAGAUGUAUUGUACUUGAAAAAUUACUUGGAUAAUCAGUACUAUGGGGAAAUCAGCAUUGGUACACCACCCCAACACUUUGAUGUCGUCUUUGAUACUGGCAGUUCUAAUCUCUGGAUCCCUUCUUCCAAGUGCUUCUUCUCUGUUGCUUGCUAUGUACACUCCAAGUACAGAUCAAAGCUAUCACAUACCCACACAGAAAUAGGAAAUCCUUGCAAAAUACCUUACGGGUCAGGGUCCAUUUAUGGAUUCCUCAGCAGAGAUAAUUUACUACUUGGAAAUAUUACAAUCAAGGGGCAGGUGUUUACAGAGGCAACAUGGGAAGGACUGUUCACAUUUUUACUUGCACAGUUUGAUGGUAUACUUGGACUUGGAUUUCAGGACAUUGCUAUUGGGCAAGUGACUCCAGUUUGGUACAAUAUGGUGCAACAGGACCUCGUUAGCCUGCAAAUGUUCUCAUUUUGGCUAAACACAGAUCCAAAGUCGAAGCUGGGCGGUGAGAUUCUGUUUGGAGGUGUGGAUUGGUCACAUUUCAGAGGUCAUCAUACUUAUGUUCCCAUCACUCAAACCGGUUACUGGCAGAUUGAGGUUGGGGAUGUACUUAUUGGAAACAACUCAACAGGUCUUUGCCAAGAUGGUUGUGCUGCGAUCGUGGAUUCUGGGACAUCUUUUAUUGCUGGUCCAACAACCAUUUUGACUCAAAUAAACCUCGCAAUUGGAGCUGAAGGAGUAGUGAGCUUGGAAUGCAAAACCGUCGUUUCAUCUUAUGGGAAUUUGAUUUGGGAAAAGUUACUAUCAGGACUUCAACCAAAGAAAUUGUGUUCUCGAAUAGGGCUUUGCUUGUACAAGUCUUCUAAAUAUUUUAGUCCAGGAGAUGAGAAUGCUUUAUGUCCAUUCUGUGAGAUGGUAGUGUUCUGGAUGCAAGUUGAACUAAGAAAAAAGAGAACCAAGGAAAACGUAUUCAAAUAUAUUAAUGAGCUUUGUGAGAAGUUCCCAAAUCCAAGUGGAAGAGCUUUUAUUGACUGUAAGAGUGUUGCUACUUUGCCUCAUAUGUCAAUCACUAUUGGUAACAAGUCAUUCCCGCUUACCCCUCAACAGUAUAUCAUUAGAGUUCAACAAGAAAACCUCACUGCUGUGUGUCUUAGUGGUUUUGCUCCUCUGGAUGUGCCUCCUCCCAGAGGCCCCCUCUGGGUACUUGGAAAUAUAUUCUUGGGUGCAUACCAUACUGUAUUUGAUUUUGGUAAUUCACGAGUCGGAUUUGCACAAGUGUUGCGAGACAGCUCUACUCAAGUCUUGUAG